CACGAUGAUAUCUGGAUACUAAUUUUCCCUUUGCAAGAAGGGAAAAUCCUACGAAUUUGAUCUCCAAUUUUCAUGAGAGGUUCUUAAAGUUCUUGAUCCCUUUUUUUCGAACAUCACGUCUAUUCCCAUGGAGGUUUUGGAGAAGGAAGAGAGCAAGAACGAUAGUCAUCUGACUUCAGCUGCAGCUUUUGUGGAAGGAGGAAUUCAAGAAGCUUGUGAUGAUUCUUGUAGCAUUUGCCUUGAGGCUUUCUGUGAUAGUGAUCCUGGCACGGUGACUGGAUGCAAGCAUGAGUUCCAUCUUCAGUGCAUUCUUGAAUGGUGCCAAAGAAGCUCAAACUGUCCAAUGUGUUGGCAAGCCAUCACCCUCAAGGAUCCUACCAGUCAAGAGUUAUUAGAGGCAGUAGAACAGGAAAGACGCAUCAGGUUCAAGCCUGCAAGAACUUCAACAAUAUUUCAUCAUCCCACUCUCGGGGAUUUUGAACUACAACAUUUACCGGUUGGUGUUAAUGAGGGUGAACUUGAGGAUCGAAUUAUCCGGCAUCUAGCGGCUGCUGCCGCCAUGGGUAGGACUCACCAUGUGAGUAGAAGGGAGGGGUCAAGAAACCGGUCAACGGGUCAUGGUCAACCACAGUUCUUGGUUUUCUCUGCUAACCCUAAUGCACCUUCAUCUGCCACUGAUCCAGGUGGAGUGGAAGGUGAACCCGUUGGUGUCACUUCAGCUAGCCCAUCUGUUCCACUUAGGUCAACUUCAGAAACAGCUAACAUAUCCAAUAGUCAACAAGGGACCUCAGUUAUACAUAGAAGCUCAAGUAGUCAAUCCUCUCUUCCUGAUCAAGAUCAAGCUGGUCCUUCAGAGUUCCAAACAGUUACAAAUUCAUGGAAAUCAAGAUUUAAUGCUAUUUCAAUGAGAUAUAAGGAAUCACUAUCGAAGAGUACACGAGAGUUGAAGGAUAGGCUUUUCAACAAGAGUCCAUCCAUGUCAAACAUUGGUUCAGAAGACAGGAGAGAAGUGAACGCUGAAAUUGAAAAUGUGUCUCAAAGGAUGGAGUUCCUGGAAACCCAUGAAGAUAAUAGACAAGAUCAUGAUCAUGAUCCAGCAUCAAAUGACAAUAAUACCCCUGCUACCGAUUUCAUUAGUUAUCUGCAAAAGCGAGUUGUCAUGUAUCCAUAUCCAGAUAUGUCCUGUAGAGGGGAACAGAGAAUAAACAGUGGGGGUGGGGAGGGGGAUGGGUUAAACACAUGGUUUAAUAUUUCACAACUUUCUUCUUCUAUCUGCUUGUGAAAAAAAAAAAAAACCUUCAUAUAGAAACAUAGAUUUGGUAUGGACAGCAUACGUUAAUUACAUGAUUGUUUUGUUUGGAGGGUUUGUGUUGAAUUAUUUGCUAUACCAUUAAUUACUAUGGAGAGAUCAUGAUAUUGGGUCAAUCACAAGAAUGAACAUACUGCUCAAUCUCAUUCUUGAUUCAAGACAAAUCUCAUUCUAAAUUGAAUGAAUUUUAUUUAAUGGAUUAUUA